GGCUGGUGAGCUUGGCGGCGGCGCGCGCCCGCUCGCGCUCUCUCGCUCUCACUCUCAGCCAAUCGCGCGCGCCCUGCCCUGCUCUGCCCUCCCCGCCGGGACUUUAACCCCUUCCUAUCCUGAGGUUUCUUUCCUUCUGCCCGCCUCUUGUUGCCCCAAGCCGUCGGUAUUGGCGCCUGGCGCAGAGGGAUCUCGGAAGAGGAGCGUCUGGGGCGCAAAAGGAGGCCUCCCCUUCCUCAGAAAAAGGAGGAGGAAGAGGAAGGCGGAGAGCUCAGACAUGGCGGCCAACAUGUACCGAGUGGGAGAUUACGUCUAUUUUGAAAAUUCUUCAAGCAAUCCAUAUUUGAUAAGGCGAAUAGAAGAGCUUAAUAAGACUGCCAAUGGUAAUGUUGAAGCAAAAGUGGUGUGCUUCUACAGACGUCGCGAUAUCUCCAAUAGUCUCAUUAUGCUUGCAGACAAGCAUGCAAAGGAAGUUGAAGAGGAAUCUGAAAUUCCCAAAGAGGUAGACUUGACUGAUAAACAGAAACAUCAAUUGAAACACAGGGAGCUGUUUCUGUCUCGCCAGUAUGAGUCCCUUCCUGCAACACACAUCAGAGGGAAAUGCAGUGUUGCACUUCUGAAUGAGACUGAAUCCGUAUUGUCGUAUCUUGUUAAAGAGGAUACUUUCUUCUAUUCAUUGGUGUACGAUCCAUCAUUGAAAACGCUCCUAGCAGACAAAGGGGAAAUUAGAGUGGGACCCAGGUAUCAAGCAGAUGUACCAGAUAUGCUCUCAGAAGGUGAAACAGAUGACCGUGAACAGUCAAAGCUUGAAGUAAAAGUAUGGGAUCCAGAUACCCAUCUCACUGAUCAUCAGAUUGACCAGUUUUUAGUAGUAGCACGUGCGGUUGGAACAUUUGCCCGGGCUCUUGACUGCAGUAGUUCCGUCAGGCAGCCUAGCUUACACAUGAGUGCUGCUGCUGCUUCCCGUGACAUUACUCUGUUUCAUGCAAUGGAUACAUUGCAUAAGCACAACUAUGACCUGAGCAGUGCCAUUAGUGUUCUGGUUCCUCUUGGAGGCCCUGUGCUGUGUAGAGAUGAAAUGGAAGAAUGGUCAGCUUCAGAGGCGAGUUUGUUUGAAGAAGCACUAGAGAAAUAUGGGAAAGAUUUCAAUGAUAUUCGACAAGAUUUUCUUCCUUGGAAAUCUCUGACUAGCAUCAUUGAAUAUUAUUACAUGUGGAAGACCACAGACAGAUACAUUCAGCAGAAACGUCUAAAAGCUGCUGAAGCAGAAAGCAAAUUGAAACAAGUUUACAUACCAACCUACAACAAACCAAAUCCCAGUCAGAUAUCCAGCAGUAAUGGGAAACCAAGUACCAUGAACGGAGCAGUUGGAGCACCUCAUCAAACCCAGAAUUCGUUAGUAGGGCGUGCCUGUGAAAGUUGCUAUGUUACGCAAUCUCACCAAUGGUAUUCUUGGGGUCCACCCAAUAUGCAGUGUAGAUUAUGUGCACCAUGUUGGAUUUAUUGGAAGAAAUAUGGUGGCCUGAAAAUGCCAACUCUGACAAGUGAAGACAGAUUUUCUCCUAGUCAAACAACAGAGGAGUCAUGUGUUAGGACGCACAUGUCUCGACAGGCAACACAAGGAAUACCUGUCAGGAACACUGGCAGCCCAAAAUCUGCUGUGAAGACUCGCCAGUCUUUCUUCCUUCAUACUACAUACUUGACUAAACUCGCCCGCCAGGUCUGCAGAAAUACCCUACAACUGAAACGAGCAGCAAGAAGACCUUUUGUCCUAAUUAACUGUGCUGCCAUUAGGGCAGAAUAUGCUGACAGACAUUGUGAAUUUGUUGGAAAUCCAUUGAAGAUUAAAAGCACUAGGAAAUCGUUAUCAUGCAUCAUUGGAUAUUUGGAGAUUCAUCCUGUCAUGAAACCUAAUAUAAUCAAGUCAACACCAAGCCUUCAAAGUUCAAUGUCAAAGCGUUUGCUUGCUCCCCCUGGUCAUUCAUCAUUAAGUAUUUUGGGAAAAAGAAAUUACAGCCACCAUCACAAUGGCCUUGAUGGACUGUCCAGCCAUACACAUGGAACUAAAAUGCAAGCUGCGCAUGAUUUCUAUACCACUAAUGGUAAAACUUUACAAGUCGGCACAAGUGACCUUAUGCCAAGCGUUACACCGUUACUCAAGAGGCAGAGGCAAAACUGGCUCAAUGCUCCUGAUGAUGGUUUCUUUAUUGCUACAGAAGAGACCAGAAAACAUCGUAAGCAGUUUACCCGAUCACAACUGAAAAGAGCCUGUCGUACCCCAUGCACUUUAAUUCUGAGGAAGGUGAAACCCCAUACGACUCACAAAGAGACUCAAGAGAAUUUGAGCAAUCAUUCACAGCUGAAGACACAACAGUGAAAUCUUGUUUUGUGGUUAUUUUUAAAGCAUCAACGCAAUUUCUGAAACCUAACAGAAGACUAUUCUUUCUGUGUCAAGGACAAUAUAAUGUUGGAUCUAAGGAAUGAAAUAUAGUGUUGGUCUUUCUCUCAAAAGCAAGAAAUGUUUUGAGAUAAGGCAACCAAGAUAAAAGAUAAUUGAUAUCUACUUUUCUAAGUGCACUAAUAAUCACAGCUGGCAUCUUAUUGAUGAGAACACAGAGAAUCAAUGUAGCCCUUUUCAGGAUAAAUUCAUGCAACUUGUUAAACCAGCAUAUGUGAACUUUCUUCUACCAAGGCUGUCUCCUGAUGAAUCAUGUAAAUAAAAUUUCACCAACAACUUAUUUAACCAUUGAAGAUUUGCCUUUUGAAGCUCUUGGGUAUUUGCACUAGCCCACUCCAAAUGCAGAGCUAUUUCUGUUAAAGCACGGCAUCAUCUUACUUUGAUUUUUUGGGUGUCCUAAAGCGUAUUGAACUUCAGAAAUUCAAAGAAAUUAAACUGCUACUUGAAGACAAAGGAAGAAGGCAUAAGCAUAGAAAAUUCUGAAUGCAUGCCUGGACUGGAUGAAUUAAGUAUCCAGAUAUCAUUGGUAAUCACCCUUGAAAUGAUUUUUUUCUCAAAUAUUAUAAAGGAGUAGUGAUUUAGUGUGUUGGAUUUUAUGAAAGCAGCCAUUGGCCUGAAUUCUUAUUCUUUGACAUAACAUUAAAUUUGCUUCUCUCAUUAUUUGUUGAUAUUAUUGCAUAAUCCCGAGGGUUGUUUCAGUCGCUCAGGCAGGCAAAGUUCUUUCUUGAUGGGUGGCGUCAGCCAGGUUUUGAUGAGCAAAUGAAAUAGUCUCUACCUAAUAAGGACAAAGGCAUGUGACAAUCAUUCAGGUUCUAUUGCAGCAUAAUAUAUGAUGCCCUGUUUUCAUACUUCAAUGCCUUCAGACACCAGAUACCUCCCAUUGUGUCCUUCCUGCAUCCUCCACAACAACAAGGAACAAUAAGGUAUGAUAACAGCAGGAUGCAAUCUGGAUUGUGUCACUCCCUAAAUAGUGUAAUGACGCGAGAUUUAUGGUGCACUGUGGGGAGGGAGGAGGAAUGAUCCUUAAUGCAGUGGUUCUCAAGCCUUCAACUCCCAGAAAUCCUAACAGCUGGUAAACUGGCUGGGGUUUCUGGGAGUUGUAGGCCAAAACACAUGGGGACCCACAGGUUGAGAACCACUGCCUUAAUGGAUCUCUAUGCACAUACACUGAAGUUUUUUCAGACAUGAAAUCUCUGGGCAUGAAAUCUGUUCAUUUCAAAAUGGAGAGGGAGUUCAAGUUUAGGCAGGAUUGCUGCUAUCAGCUUUAAAUUUAGAAUCAUAUUCAUGUAGUUGGAAGGGACCAUGUGAUUCAUCUAGUCCAAUCCCUGCCACACGGGGUACAUAGUUAAAGCUGUCCUGAGAUAUGCUCACCUAUCCUUUGUUUAAAGAUCCCCAGAGAAGAUGUUACCUCUUCUCCAUUAGUCUGACUAUUAAGUUCUUCUUCAGGUUUAGGUUGAAUCCUUUUCCUUAUAAUUUGAAUCCAUUGAUUCAUAUUCUAUUCUAUGGAGCAGAAGAAAACUAUUGAAAUGUAACAGAUGAAAUCUUGUUUCUUCCUGAACUGGUAAAGUAGUUUUAGGCUAGUUUUCUUCUCCCAACCACAAUGUUCCCUCCCUUAUCUGCAAAAUGAAGGUGAGAAUAUUGGCUUACUUAGCAAGGUUAUUGUAAGCAUUACUGAGAUAACUUAUGCAAAAUGCUUUCACCACUGUGGAAGUGUGUCAUCACCAUGACUAUCAUUAUCUUUGGGAAGAAGACACAUGAUGCAACAGACUUCUUGAAAUUUAAUAAGGAUUCCCUAGGCUGAUAAAGUGCAAUUACAAAAAAAAGGCUCCAUUGGAUAGAUCUUACUACACACUGUCAUGUCUCCCAUAGUUGCAUUGUGUUUGAAUCAUUGUUGAAUUAUCUCUUUUCAUUUAUGGGCAAAACAUGUCAAUCAAUCCAUUAUCACUGUCCCUAUGUCACUCUUCCUUGUGCGAUAAUGUCCUUCCACUACAGUCCCAAUAUAGCAAAGUGGAGAAAAGUAUUGUGAGAACACCCAAUCUAUGCGACUGUGCAAUUAUGGCAAAAGACAGGGGGUGGGGAAAAUAUUUUUAAAACCACUGACACUGAGUAAGAAAGGUUAUGCAGAAGACUGAUCCAAUCAGCAAAGUACCAGCAUUGCAUAACUACUGCGAGGUGUGAAAGUGAUCAUUUUAAUAACAGUAUGCUUCAAUUUGCUUAAAUAAUACAAUUGUGAUGAGAAAGCUAGUUGGUGUGAUAAAGUCCCAAAUCCAUUUGUAAGUGAAGUAAGAGUGGAGCGGAAAACUAUCAGGCUGUUUAUAUUUAUUACUGCUUCUUAUUCUCCAGUUAUUGCCUUUCUAGCCAUUUCAAAUUUAAGAUAGUAAAAUAAGCCUGUAAAGGUAAGAGUAUUAAGUGAGUGAUUACGGGUGCAACACAUAAUGUCAGCAGUGCACAAUCCGAGGAGUCUCAGCACUUAAUACCCAUAAUAGCCCCUUCCAGCAGUAAUUCUUAUCUUUCUUGUCUUUCCCAAGGGAGGAGAUAGCACUACAGCUGUUAUAAAAGGAUAUGCUCCAACUGCUGAAGAAAGUAUGAAUCUAAUCCCUUCCCUUAACAUAUUAAUGUGGUAGAGUGGAUUGUAAGGUAUUGACCCUCCUCUAAUGUUGAGUAACUUGAAUAACUGUGCCUUUGGAGACUGCAACAAGCGAGAGUAAAAGCACCUGAAAUGUUUGUGGUUGUGGUCCUUCUCUGUAUUUUAAUUGCAGUGUAUAAAUAAAUAAUUGCUUGA